AUGACUACACCUGGAUUUUAUAAUAAGUUAAUAAUAUCAUCUAUAUUUCCUUUUAAAACAGACAAACGGCCAACUAUUUCAAAAACUCGACGUCAUAGUUUUCUUGAUGGUCUUGCUUUGUUACUUAACGAUUCAAAUCAAUCUACAUCAGUUUACCCAUUGUUGAAAGAAAACAAAAUAUUAAUAACACGUAAUAAACAAUUAAAAGAUAAUGAUGAAGAAUAUUUUGAUAAAUUUUUUGGCUUAAUACGAGAAUAUUCACAACAUUGUUUAACAUCAAAUCAACAUGGUAUGCACGAAAUAUAUUCAUCAUUAGAAUCUAUUGUAUUUGAAUAUAAUAAGCGUAAAUGUAUCGAUCGAAUAAUUGAUUAUUUGUUUAAUGAUGUUGUUUCAAAUCUUGAAAAAUUACCAAAUAAUAAUGUUGAUGAUUUAUGUCAAAAAAUUACUUACAAUAAAUUGAACAAAGGUUCAGCCGAUUAUUAUCAUUUAAAAGACAAUAAAAUGUCUUUGAAAGAAUAUAUUUUAAUAUUAUUUAAUUGGAUCAAGUUUAUUAUUUCAAAUCGAGAUUCAAUCAGAAACAAUAAAAGCAAUCUUGAACUAAAAAUUAUUUUGAAAUUUCAAGCAACUGCUGAAUUAUUAUAUCAUUCUAGAAUAUUUCGUUCUAUGCUCUCAAUAGUAUAUUCAAUUGAUAAUGUUGAACGUAUUCUGUAUUAUUUAGAUAAAGUAUCUGCACAUCGGCUAUCACUUAAUUUAAUAUUAAAAACUUUAGAAAAACGAAAAUCUGAAUAUGGUGAAAGAUAUAAAAAUAUUCAAUGGUCUUUUAUUGAACCAAUUGAAAAAGUCGUUGAAUUAAAAGAAACACCAUCAUCAUCAUUUGAUAAAAUUUGGUCGGCAUGUGGUUUACAGAAUGAUCAAACAAAAACUGCCUUCCAAAAUGAGUAUAUUCAAAAUAAAUUUGUUGAAUAUGAUUCAAGUUUAAAAUUAUCAACAUGUUUACAUAGUGAAAUUCGAAUGAUAGAUUGUUUAAUUGAACAAAAUAUAAAAGAAGUUCAUGAUAAAGAUGUAGAAAUUGGAAUAUCAAAAUUACCAUGUUAUUUAUGUUCAAUAUAUAUUGAAAAAUUAAAUAUUGAUUUCAAUCGAAUGUUUUAUGUUGGUUCGUUAAUAACUGAUGGAAAAAUUUAUCCAAAUUGGAUGUUUAGAAAUAAUGAAGAAGAUAAAAUAAUAAAUUAUGUCAAUGAUCAAUUAUAUACAUUUAUCAAAAACGACUUACAAUUACUGCAAUCAAGAAUAAGAACAAAAAGUGGAGAUAGUGAUAAGCAAGAAAUAGACAUAGAUGAUGAUGAUGUCAAUAAUGCAUAUAUGCUUAGGGCGAUGAAGGAAAUAGAAGAGCAAUAA